CUCCUCUCUCCCCCCCCGCCCCCCGCACCGAGCGCCUGGCGGCGGCGGCGGCGCGGCGCAGUCCUGUCCGUGCUGGCGGCGGCGCCUCCCCGGGCUCGGCGACAUGGAGUGCGCUGCGGCGGGGGCCGAGUUCAACAUCCUCCUCGCCACCGACUCCUACAAGGUUACACACUACAAGCAAUACCCACCUAACACAAGCAAAGUAUAUUCCUACUUUGAAUGUCGUGAAAAGAAGACUGAAAAUUCCAAAUUAAGGAAAGUGAAAUAUGAAGAAACUGUUUUUUAUGGUUUGCAGUACAUUCUGAAUAAAUACUUAAAAGGUAAAGUGGUGACCAAAGAGAAAAUCAGGGAAGCCAAAGAAGUAUAUAGGGAGCAUUUUCAAGAUGAUGUCUUCAAUGAAAAGGGAUGGAACUAUAUUCUGGAGAAAUACGAUGGCCAUCUUCCUAUAGAAAUAAAGGCUGUUCCUGAGGGCUCUGUAAUUCCCAGAGGAAAUGUUCUUUUCACAGUAGAAAACACAGAUCCAGAGUGCUACUGGCUCACAAAUUGGAUUGAGACUAUUCUUGUGCAGUCAUGGUAUCCAAUCACAGUGGCUACAAACUCUAGAGAGCAGAAAAAGAUUUUGGCCAAAUAUUUGCUAGAGACUUCUGGCAGCUUAGAAGGACUGGAGUAUAAACUGCAUGACUUCGGCUACAGAGGAGUUUCUUCACAAGAGACUGCAGGAAUAGGAGCUUCAGCUCAUUUGGUGAACUUCAAAGGAACAGACACUGUAGCAGGAAUUGCAUUAAUUAAAAAGUACUACGGUACAAAAGAUCCAGUUCCAGGAUAUUCUGUUCCAGCUGCUGAACACAGUACCAUAACAGCUUGGGGGAAAGAUCAUGAAAAAGAUGCUUUUGAACACAUAGUGACACAGUUUUCUUCAGUGCCUGUAUCUGUGGUUAGUGACAGCUACGACAUUUACAAUGCUUGUGAAAAAAUAUGGGGUGAUGACUUAAGGCAUAUAAUUGAAGCCCGAAGUCCAGAGGCACCACUUAUUAUUAGACCAGAUUCUGGGAAUCCCCUUGACACUGUUUUAAAGGUCUUGGAGAUCUUAGGGAAGAAGUUCCCCAUUACAGAGAACUCAAAAGGCUACAAAUUGCUGCCACCAUAUCUCAGAGUUAUUCAAGGGGAUGGUGUGGAUAUCAACACAUUGCAAGAGGGGAUGCUGGUAGAACAGAUUGUGGAGGGAAUGAAGAAGAAUAAAUGGAGUAUUGAGAAUAUUGCCUUUGGAUCUGGUGGAGCUUUGUUGCAGAAACUAACCAGAGAUCUCUUAAACUGCUCCUUCAAGUGUAGUUACGUGGUGACCAACGGUCUCGGGGUAAAUGUCUUCAAGGAUCCGGUUGCCGAUCCAAACAAAAGGUCAAAGAAAGGACGACUGUCGUUGCAUAGGACACCUGCUGGAGAUUAUGUGACGCUUGAAGAAGGCAAGGGAGAUCUUGAAGAGUAUGGACAGGAUCUCCUUCAUACAGUAUUUAAGAAUGGAAAGGUAACGAAGUCAUAUUCAUUUGAUGAAGUAAGACAAAAUGCCAGGCUGAAGAACAGUGAACUAGAAAUGGCGUCUCACUAAGUUUCAUUCCAUGUCUGUGUAUGUGUGUGUGUAACAAGUAUGUACUGCAUAGCUACUGGGUUUAUUGUACAGAUUUGUGUGUUUGUGUUUUAUGACAUUGUAGCCAAAUUAUUUGUUGGUUUAUGGACAUACUGCCCUAUCUUUUGCCAGUCUUUAGAAAAGAUGAAAUCAGGAAAUGGUACUUACAUUGUAAAACAUAUUUAAUGCUAAAGUGUGCUUUUUAGGGCCCUUUGCCAGUAGUGAUUCAAUCUGGUAUUGAUCUUUUCACAAAUGAGACAGAGCUGAGAAACUUUUUUAUAUAUAACAGAAUAUCACAAAAUGGAUUUACAUAAAAUUAUCAUGAUUGCUUUAUGUUUAUAUUUAACUUGUAUUUUUGUACAAACAAGAUUGUGUAAAAUAUAUUUAAAGUUUCAAUAAUUAAGUCUUUCCAACUUUUCAUGAUUUUUAUGAGCACAGACUUUCAAGAAAAUAUUUGGGGGGGGGAAAUCCAUUGCCUUUUGUCCAUUAAUCAGCAAAUAAAACAUGGCCUUAAAGUUUAUUGUGACAUUGUACCAUUUGAUGACUAAAAUCAGGACUCGUAUCUCCUUAAGAACCCAUAGAAUUGCUGACCUCACUGUUUCUUGUAGUUGUCUGUAUUAGUAAAUCUGCAUUGAAGAAAAUGACUGUUCUUACUAGAAGGUUUAGGUACUACAGACCUUGCUGGCACGGUAAGGUAUGUAAAUGAAAUGCCAAAUUUGAAAGGAUUCUCUACUGCAACUUAACUUGCCAAGUCUAUCCCACUUGGCAUAUGCACCUCAAUAUUUUAAGAAUAAAGUUUUUAAGAGAUCUCCUCUUCCACUAUAGAAUAUAUGUGUAAAAUACUGAAAUAUGGAAGCGGUGUAUUUUAAAGUAAUUACACUUCUGGGUUUAUUUUUCAUAUACUGUAAGUGACAUGACUUUAAAGCAAAAUACUGGACUGGGUAGUGCACUUUUUUACUUUUUUGUAUUUUUUUCAUUGAUUUGCCUUUUGUCAGACUGGAUGUUAAAUUGUAAAAAUGUUUAACUAUUUUUGUUAACAACUUUAAUAAAAAUUUAUGCUAGCCAAACUCCUACAUGAAUGGCAGACCUGUUUCCCCUUCUCGCCCCGUCUCAUUGAGGUGAGGAGGGGCUUUUAUUUUGCAGAGGGUAACUAUAAAACAAUAUGUUUGAGAGAUACUUUUGAACUGUCUGCACUUGAUUGUAUUUGCUCUCUGCAUAUGCUUGAUUUGAAUAUCUGCUGGAAAACAAAACUGUUGAGGAUUUUAUUUGAGAAGCUAUGUAGUAACCUCUGAAAUGUUUGAUAGUACUGUAGGAUGGCUCUCGCUAGAAAAGUACCUCCCUUACUUAAAAACAACAGCAAAAGCAAACGGCUCCUGUGUUAUGCUGGUGAUCAACUAUCCGCCAAUGGCUUAAUAUACUGAUGUAAUUAAUGCUUCUAAUUAGUAAAUGAUGUUACAGAAAAUUGUUAGGGGUACUUUAAAAUAAUUUAAGCCUACAAAAUUUUAUAAACCGUUCUUUUGAAGGAAGACUGAAAAGCCAUACUUCAUUGUUCUUAUUCUCUCACCAAAAAGGGCCACAUCAAAGCACCCAUAAUAUUUCCAGGGUUUGUGGUUAAGAUGUUUAUGCCCAGUCUCAAUAGUUCUUGUUAAUAAAAACCUGUUUUCCACUUGUAGUGUAUGUAAUUAUACAUUUAAGUGAUGUAUUGUUUCAAAAAUAGUGCUUUAGUAAGACUCUAAAUGCUGACCUUUCACACUGAGGAACUGCCUUCCCUUUGCUAUUAAUGAUAUUGUUUGUAUUUGGCCAGGAAAGAUUUUAAAUCUGGACCUAGGAUCAGUAGCAGGUAAAUAGUACAGAGCCUAUUUCACUCCUCCACAUGUGUACUAGGGAAUUUUAUGAUGUAUGGUUUAAAAAACAAUAAAGUAAAUGCUGCUUUCAUUCUGUAUCAAUAAAAAAUUUUGAUAACUA